CUCUACCAUAAGCGUGCGUUCUCCAAACGUGAAAACACGACAUAUAAACGACUGGAGCACAAGUAGGAUUACUAUACCUAUAGAGUGCUUCAGCCAUGGCGGAUGCUGCGGCUCGGUCGCUUCAAUAUGAAUACAAAGCUAACUCCAACCUUGUAUUGCAAGUUGAUCGUUCUCUCAUUGACCGAAGAGCUCGAGAUGAAUCAACUGGUGAAGUUAUGUCCCUUGUGGGAAAGAUUACAGGCACAAGAAUGGGAGACAGGGCCCAGAAAACUAAACCACCACAGAUGGAGGAAAGAAAAAACAAACGGCGUAAGCGUGAUGAGGCUCAAAGAGACAUGAUAAAGAUGAAGGGCACGACACUGUUGUCCGAGGGUAUUGAUCAGAUGGUUGGAAUCCUGUACCGACCAAAGACGACAGAGACCAGACAGACAUAUGAGGUUCUACUGAGUUUCAUCCAGGCAGCCAUAGGAGAUCAGCCCCGGGAUGUGUUGUGUGGAGCAGCAGAUGAAGUUCUGGCUGUGCUGAAGAAUGACAGGAUGAAGGAUCGAGAACGGAAGAGAGAGGUGGAGGGCCUGCUGGGUAACAUGGCGGAGGAGAGGUUUGCUCUGCUGGUCAAUCUGGGGAAGAAGAUCACAGACUGGGGACAGGAAGAGAAGAGUCAAACAUCUGAAAACAUUGAUGAAACUUACGGUGUCAAUGUGCAGUUUGAAGAAUCAGAAGAUGAGGACACUGCAGACGUGUACGGGGAAGUCCAGGAGGAGGAGGAUGACCAGGAGAAUGAAGGGGAGGAGGCUGCGGUGGACGCCACUCUACAUGCAAAUAUAUCUGAGGAAUCUGGGGGCAAGUCAGAGGGCGGCUUGCAUCCAAGAGACAUUGACGCCUUUUGGAUUCAGCGUAAGCUCAGCAAGUAUUAUCCUGAUGACCCUACCACAGCUCAGACCAAGGCAAUGGAGGUGGUGGAAGUGUUGAAAAUUGCUGGCGAUGACCGUGAGUGUGAGACACAGCUUGUCAUCUUACUUGGUGUCAACCAGUUUGAGUUUAUCCGAGUUCUCCGCCAACACAGGCAGAUGAUUUUGUACUGCACACUGCUGGCGUCAGCUCAGAGCCAGUCAGAGAAGGCUCGUGUAGAAGAGAAGAUGCGUGCUGACUCAGAGUUGAAGCACAUUCUCAGCUCUCUGCAGGAGACUGACCGAGAGGAUAUCGUCAGUGAGGAAAGGACCCGUCGACAGCAGGCCAGACAAAACAGAGUAGCGGCCGAUAUAGAGGACAUGGAAAUAGAUGGCUAUGUGGACAUCGGACAGGUGGAGACUCUGGAUCUGGAGGAGCUGAUGUUCAGCCAAGGUAGUCACCUGAUGGCCAACAAGAGAUGCCAGCUGCCUGAUGGCUCCUACCGCAAACAGAGGAAAGGUUAUGAAGAAGUUCAUGUUCCUGCUCUGAAGCCCAAACCUUUUGAAACUGAUGAGUCUCUUGUUCCAAUUGACCGACUGCCUAAGUAUGCCCAACCUGCAUUUGAAGGUUUCAAAAGCUUGAACCGAAUCCAGAGUCGACUGUGUAAAGUUGCCAUGGAAUCGGACCAGAACAUCCUGCUCUCUGCUCCAACAGGAGCUGGUAAAACAAAUGUAGCCCUGCUGUGUAUCCUCAAGGAGAUUGGUAAUCAUGUCAACGAGGACCACACCAUCAACACAGACGACUUCAAGAUCGUGUAUGUUGCACCCAUGAGAUCCCUCGUACAGGAGAUGGUUGGGACAUUCUCUGAGAGACUGAAGUCGUAUGGCAUAAAGGUGGAUGAGUUGACGGGAGACCACCAGUUAACCAGAGAGCAAAUCUACCAGACACAGAUCAUUGUGUGCACUCCCGAGAAGUGGGACAUCAUCACACGGAAGGGUGGGGAGCGGACCUACACACAGCUUGUCAGGCUCAUGAUCUUUGAUGAGAUCCAUCUUCUCCAUGAUGACCGAGGUCCAGUUCUCGAGUCUUUAGUUGCCAGGACGAUCAGGAACAUAGAGACUACCCAGGAAGAUGUGCGACUUGUUGGACUAAGCGCCACUCUGCCAAACUUUGAAGAUGUUGCCACAUUCCUCCGUGUAGAUCCCAAGGAGGGCCUGUUCUUCUUUGACAACAGUUUCCGCCCUGUGCCGCUGGAGCAGCAGUUCAUUGGUAUCACAGAGAAGAAGGCUGUCAAGAGGUUCCAGCUCAUGAAUGACAUUGUGUAUGAGAAGGUCAUGGACCAUGCUGGCAAAAACCAGUUGCUUAUUUUUGUGCACUCAAGGAAAGAGACAGGGAAAACAGCGAGGGCGAUCCGAGACAUGUGUCUGGAGAAGGAUACUCUUGGAGUCUUCCUGAAGGAAGGAUCUGCCUCCACGGAGAUCCUCAGGUCUGAAGCAGAACAAGUCAAGAACCAUGAGCUGAGAGACCUCCUGCCUUAUGGGUUUGCCAUCCACCAUGCUGGUAUGAACAGAGUUGAUCGAGCACUUGUGGAGGAUCUGUUUGUUGACCGACAUAUACAAGUACUUGUGUCAACAUCGACCUUGGCGUGGGGUGUCAACCUCCCAGCACACACUGUCAUCAUCAAGGGAACACAAAUCUACAGUCCGGACAAGGGCCGAUGGGUGGAGCUCAGUGCUCUCGAUGUCAUGCAGAUGUUGGGCCGAGCAGGUCGUCCUCAGUAUGACACGAAGGGUGAAGGCAUUAUGAUCACCAACCACAGCGAGCUUCAGUACUACCUGUCCCUCAUGAACCAACAGCUUCCUAUUGAGAGCCAGUUUGUGAGUAAACUGGCAGACAACCUGAAUGCUGAGGUGGUUCUGGGCACUGUACAAAACAUGAAGGAGGCCAUCGACUGGAUCGGUUACACGUAUCUGUACAUCCGUAUGCUGCGUAACCCUCCGCUGUAUGGCAUCUCAGACGACAUGGUGAAGGAAGACCCACUGCUGCAGCAACGUCGCAAAGACCUCAUCCACACUGCCGCCACGCUGCUAGACAGACACAACAUAGUAAAGUAUGAGAAGAAAAUGGGCAACUUUCAGGUGACAGAACUGGGGCGAAUUGCCAGUCAGUACUACCUGACACAUGAGACCAUCGCCACUUACAACCAGCUGUUGAAGCCCACUCUGAGUGAGAUUGAGCUGUUCAGGGUGUUCUCCCUCUCUUCAGAGUUCAGGAACCUCACUGUCCGAGAGGAGGAGAAGCUUGAGCUGUUGAAGCUGCUGGAGAGAGUCCCGAUCCCCAUCAAAGAGAGCAUCGAGGAGCCCAGUGCCAAGGUGAACGUCCUGCUACAGGCCUACAUCUCCCAGCUGAAGCUUGAGGGACUAGCACUGAUGGCUGACAUGGUGUUCAUCACACAGUCGGCGGGUCGGAUCAGAUCUAUCUUUGAGAUUGUGCUUCACAGAGGCUGGGCCCAGCUUGCUGACAAGUGCCUAGCUCUCUGCAAGAUGGUGGACAAGAGGAUGUGGCAGUCAAUGUCUCCACUUCGUCAGUUCCGCAAGAUCCCAGAGGAGGCCAUCAAGAAGAUUGAGAAGAAGAACUUCCCUUUCGAACGUCUGUAUGAUCUGAACCACAAUGAGAUAGCUGAACUCAUCCGUAUGCCAAAGAUGGGAAAGACCAUUCACAAGUACAUCCACCAGUUCCCCAAGCUGGACUUGUCCGUCCACAUCCAGCCCAUCACGCGGUCCACCCUCCGUAUUGAGCUGACCAUCACACCAGACUUCCAGUGGGAGGAGAAACUGCACGGCGGCUCUGAGGCAUUCUGGAUCCUGAUUGAGGAUGUAGACAGCGAGGUUAUCCUGCACCACGAGUACUUCCUCCUGAAGAGCAAGUUUUCCCAAGAUGAACAUGUGGUGAAGUUCUUUGUGCCAGUGUUUGAGCCUCUUCCCCCACAGUACUUCAUCAGGGUUGUGUCAGACAAGUGGAUAGGGUGUGAGACUCAGCUGCCGGUGUCAUUCCGCCAUCUGAUCCUCCCUGAGAAGUACCCGCCCCCCACCGAGCUGCUGGACCUGCAGCCCCUCCCUGUCUCCGCCCUCCGGAACUCUGCGUUUGAGAGUCUCUACAGUGACAAGUUCCCCUUCUUCAACCCCAUACAGACACAAGUGUUCAACUCCAUCUACAACAGUGACGACAAUGUCUUCAUUGGAGCCCCUACUGGCAGUGGCAAGACCAUCUGUGGGGAGUUUGCCAUCCUGAGGAUGCUGUCCCAGACUCCUGACGGCCGAUGUGUGUACGUGGCCCCCAUGGAGGCUCUGGCACAACAGGUGUACAAUGACUGGUACAACAAGUUUGCUGUUCAGCUGGGGAAGAAAGUUGUCCUCCUGACUGGGGAGACUGGCACAGAUCUCAAGCUCCUUGCCAAGGGAAACAUUGUGAUCAGCACACCAGAGAAGUGGGAUGUGUUGUCACGGCGAUGGAAACAGAGGAAGAAUGUUCAGAAUGUGAAUUUGUUCAUUGUCGAUGAGCUGCACCUGAUUGGCUGGGAAGUCGGGCCGGUGCUGGAGGUAAUCUGUUCCAGGAUGAGGUACAUUUCCUCACAGUUAGAGAGGAACAUCCGAAUUGUGGCCUUAAGUUCGUCGCUCUCCAAUGCCAAGGAUGUAGCUCCGUGGUUGGGAUGUGGCACCACUGCCAUCUUCAACUUCCAUCCCAAUGUGAGACCUGUUCCUCUGGAGCUCCAUAUCCAGGGAUUUAACAUUUCUCACAAUGCCUCACGUAUCAUCGCAAUGGCCAAGCCAGCAUACCAAGCCAUUUUGAAGUACUCUCCCAGGAAGCCUGUGGUCUUGUUUGUGCCGUCCAGGAAGCAGACCAGACUGACAGCUAUAGACAUCCUCACGUUUGCAGCUGCUGACAUCACCCCAGGGCCUGACGAUAAGCCUCAGAGUCGCUUCCUCCAUGUUGUGGAGUCCGACCUGGAACCGUUCCUGGAGAAAGUGUCGGACAAGACACUGAAGGAGACUCUGACAAAUGGAGUUGCAUACCUGCAUGAGGGUCUGAAUGAGAUAGAGCGUAAAGUUGUGGAGCAGCUGUUUAACAGUGGGGCAAUCCAGGUUGUUGUGGCAUCUAGGAGUCUGGCAUGGGGCAUGAGCAUGGCUGCCCAUCUUACAGUUGUCAUGGACACACAGUACUACGAUGGAAAGACGCACUCGUAUGAAGACUACCCCAUCACAGAUGUGCUGCAGAUGGUGGGGAAGGCAAACCGGCCCCUGUCGGACAAGGAAGGCAAGGCCCUAAUCAUGUGCCAGAGUUCAAAGAAGGAGUUUUUCAAGAAGUUCCUGUAUGAACCGCUGCCUGUGGAGAGUCACUUGGACCACUGCCUUCACGACCACUUCAACGCAGAGAUCGUCACAAAGACUGUAGAGAACAAGCAGGAUGCUGUGGACUACCUGACAUGGACGUUCAUCUACCGGAGGAUGACCCAGAAUCCAAACUACUACAACCUCCAGGGUGUGUCUCAUCGUCACUUGUCAGACCACCUGUCUGAGCUGGUGGAAAACACAAUCAACAAUCUUGAACACUCCAAGUGUAUCAGUGUUGAGGAUGACAUGGAUGUGGCACCACUCAAUCUUGGCAUGAUCGCUGCAUACUACUACAUCAACUACACAACCAUAGAACUAUUCAGUAUGUCUCUAAACAGCAAGACUAAGAUCAAGGGUCUCAUUGAGAUUAUCUCAAAUGCUGCAGAAAAUGAAAACAUUCCAAUUCGGCAUGGUGAAGAUGCCAUCCUCAGACAGCUUGCUCCUCGCCUGCCCAACAAGGCCACAAACCCCAAGUUCAAUGACCCCCACGUGAAGACCAACCUGCUGCUUCAGGCUCACCUGUCUCGCAUGCAGCUCUCGGCCGAACUACAGUCCGACACGGAGGACAUCCUCAGCAAGGCUGUACGCUUGAUCCAGGCCUGUGUGGACGUGUUGAGUAGUAACGGAUGGCUGAGUCCUGCGCUGGCAGCCAUGGAGCUGGCACAGAUGGUCACUCAGGCCAUGUGGGGCAAGGACUCCUACCUCAAACAACUGCCACACUUCACUCCGGAGAUCAUCAAGAGAUGUCAGGAGAAGAAUAGUGAAACAAUUUUUGAUGUGAUGGAGAUGGAGGAUGAAGAUCGGAACCAGCUGCUGCAGCUGAGCGAGGCCGAGAUGGCAGAUGUGGCGCGGUUCUGCAACCGUUACCCCAACAUCGAACUGACGUAUGAGGUGCAGGACAAGGACCAGAUCCACAGUGGUUCCACUGUGAAUGUAGUUGUGACUCUUGAGAGAGAAGAUGAAGUGUCCGGGCCCGUCAUCGCUCCUUUCUUUCCUCAGAAACGUGAAGAGGGAUGGUGGGUAGUCAUUGGUGACCCGAAAAACAACUCCCUCCUAUCCAUCAAGCGCCUGACCCUGCAACAGAAGGCCAAGGUCAAGCUGGAUUUUGUGGCGCCCUCUGUUGGCCACUACAACUACGUGAUCUUCUUCAUGAGUGAUGCCUACAUGGGCUGUGACCAGGAGUACAAGUUCAACAUCUCCGUCCGGGAGGGAGUCAGUGGCAGUGAAGACAGCGACAGUGAUUAAGAAACUACUAUCACAUUAUUGAAGAGACUCAAAAUGAUUAGGAUUCUGUGAUUAGAUCAUUGAAGACAGUAAGAGUGGUUAAAGAACUACGAUCACAUUAUUGAAGAGACUCAAAAUGGUUAGGAUUCUGUGAUUAGAUCAGUGAAGACCAUGAAAGUGGUUAAAGAACUACUAUCACAUUAUUGAAGAGACUCAAAAUGAUUAGGAUUCUGUGAUUAGAUCAUUGAAGACAGUAAGAGUGGUUAAAGAACUACGAUCACAUUAUUGAAGAGACUCAAAAUGAUUAGGAUUCUGUGAUUAGAUCAUUGAAGACAGUAAGAGUGGUUAAAGAACUACGAUCACAUUAUUCAAGAGACUCAAAAUGGUUAGGAAACUGUGAUUAGAUCAGUGAAGACCAUGAAAGUGGUUAGGAAAUUUAGAUAAGAUUGAUCAGGAGCAUACAGGGAAAUAAUGGGAUUAAAAAGAUCUCUGUGGGUUUGUUUUGAGAAAAUAUUGGACUUGGGAAUUGUACAGGGUAAAUGUUUAAAGAAUAGACUAUGGAAUCAUUAUAGAGAUAUAGGGCAAUGGGAACAACAGAAGGAUUAUCUGUCAAGUUUAAUCAAGAGAAAAUAAGAAUGACCAAAUUCACUGGAUUUUUAUGUCAGUUUUGAAUAAGACAUGCUGUGUUUGAAGCUAAAGGUUUUGUUUAUCACAUUGUACAUGCGAAUCAGUAAUCUUUAUUCUGUUUGGAAAAUGUCCAAGGGGAAUAACUUUUUUUUAAUCAUGAAAACAGUAAACAUACAUAUACCAUAUUCAUAUUAGUACAUGUGUCAUCUUGUUUCAUCAUUAUCAUGUUUGGGAUUUGUAUAAAUGUGUAUAGAAAUGAAGAAACAUUUGAAUUUUCACUGUAUUCAUAUUGUAGAACGCAUCAUUCAUGACUGCUUUUUAGCUAGUUUCUGCAAUGGAGGAAAUAGUUGUGGAAUGUCAUGAGGACAUGUUGCCUGUCCUUGGUGGGUGGUGCAUCCAUGUUUCCCAAAGGAUGUCAUGAGGACAUGCUGCCUGCCCUUGGUGGGUGGUGCCUCCAUGUUUCCCAAAGGAUGUCAUGAGGACAUGUUGCCUGUCCUUUGUUGGUGGUGCCUCUAUGUUUCACAUGGGAUGUCAUGAUGACAUGCUGCCUGUCCUUUGUGGGAAGUGCCUCCAUGUUUCCUAAUGGAUGUCAUGAGGACAUGUUGCCUGUCCUUUGUGGGUGGUGCCUCCAUGUUUCCCAAA